GAAACUAGUUGGUAUUUUUGAUUGAAAAAGCCUCUCAAUUUCUUAGAGCUUAUUCACCGUCUUUCUUUUGAUUCUCAAUCUCAAACCAUUUUACUUCCUCCGUCUUUCUUCAAUUUCUAUCGCCGCCACCACAGCGUUUUGUGUUGUUCUUCCUCCUGCUACUCAGUAUCCAUCAUUCCAUUUUACUGGUUGUGCCAAGUUAAAGACUUACUUUUUUGGUGGCUCUGCUUUGCUUUGAUAUUGGGGCCAUUAUUAAGAAAUGAUGGCCCAGCAAGUGAGUAAUGUUUUAUGUAUAUUGUACACACAAGAACUUGUAGAUGGAAAGCCUGUCUAUGUUUCGUCAAAUGGUCUCCCUAUCAAGGAGUCAAGGUUUGAACCUGCUGGCCAUGCUUUCCAUGUUGCUGCUCUCCGGCUUACUGGGUACUCUGAAGAGGAUUCAGACAGGGAUGAUCAGAGUGUAUCAAGUGAUAAAGAACAGACUUAUGCUCCUUCUUUUGAUUCUUAUAGUGGUAAGAGUAAGAAGAAAUCUGCAGCUGAUGGUAAGCAGCAAGAUCAUUAUGCAUUACUGGGUUUGGCACAUUUGAGAUAUCUUGCGACUGAGGACCAAAUAAAGAAAAGUUACCGUGAUGUUGCUUUAAAGUAUCAUCCUGACAAACAAGCUGCACUACUCCUGGCAGAAAAGAGUGAAGCUGCAAAGCAAGUCAAGAAAGAAGAAAUUGAAAACCAUUUCAAGGCCAUUCAAGAAGCUUAUGAACUGUUAAUUGACCCUCAGCGACGAAGAAUUUAUGAUUCAACUGAUGAAUUUGAUGACGAGAUCCCUACAGACUGCGCACCGCAGAACUUUUUCAAAGUUUUCGGUCCUGCUUUUAUGAGGAAUAGUCGUUGGUCUGUUACCCAACCUGCGCCUUCAUUGGGAGAUGAUGACACUCCUUUAGAUGAGGUUGAUAGAUUCUAUAAUUUUUGGUAUUCCUUCAAAAGCUGGAGAGAAUUUCCACAUGCAGAUGAAUUUGACCUUGAGCAAGCAGAAUCUCGUGAUCACAAGAGAUGGAUGGAACGACAGAAUGCAAAGCUUAGUGAGAAAGCCAGAAAAGAAGAGUACGUCCGCAUACGUACUCUUAUUGACAAUGCCUAUAAAAGAGAUCCCAGGAUUGUAAGGAGGAAGGAAUUGGAGAAAGCUGAAAAGCAACGGAAGAAACAAGCGAAAUUCUUGGCUAAGAAGCUGCAAGAGGAAGAAGCUGCUAGAGCUGCUGAAGAGGAGAAGCGUAAGAAAGAAGAGGAAGAAAAAAAAGCUGCUGAAGUUGCUUUGCUUAACAAGAAGGCUAAAGAGAAGGAGAAGAAACUCUUACGCAAAGAACGGAGUCGUCUUCGGUCACUUACUGCUGAAGUUGCAUCUAAGCAUGAGUUUGACAUAUCUGGGGAUGAUAUAGAAACACUUUGUAUGUCACUUGACAUGGAGCGACUCAAGAAUCUGUGUGACAAGAUAGAGGGGAAAGAUAAAGAAGAACAAGAUAAACUUCUCAAAGACUCUUUACAUGGUCGAGUUAACUCAGAACCUGGGCAUAAAGCUGAGGAGAAGAAUUCUCAGCAAAGUGGAGCAGUAAAAUCUAAUGGAAACAUGACAUUGAAUGGCCACAAAAAGAAAGAGAAACCUUGGGGUAGGGAAGAAAUUGACUUGUUGAGAAAAGGUAUGCAGAAAUUUCCAAAAGGGACAUCACGUAGGUGGGAGGUUAUAUCUGAGUAUAUAGGGACCGGAAGAUCGGUUGAAGAGAUUCUGAAAGCAACAAAAACUGUUCUUCUCCAGAAACCAGAUGGUUCUAAGGCAUUUGAUUCAUUCCUCGAAAAAAGGAAACCAGCUGCAUUUAUUGUGUCACCAAUUAGUACAAGAGAAGAAGUUCUAGGUGUUCUAACUGGGAAUGGUCCUGAUGUUUGUUCAACGAGUACAGCAGAUUUUACGAAUGUUUCGUCGAGCUCCAUCAGCCACGAAGAAUCAGCAAGUGCAACCACAGAUAGCCCUGAUGCUUCAAUGUCUGAUCAGGAUGUGUGGUCUCCUGUUCAAGAAAGAGCUCUUGUUCAGGCUCUAAAAACCUUUCCCAAGGAAACACCUCAGCGUUGGGAGCGUGUUGCGGCAGCUGUCCCAGGAAAAACUGUGAACCAAUGCAAGAAGAAAUUUACUUCACUCAAGGAGAUUUUGCGAAACAAGAAAAAUGCUAGUUAGAAGAGAUUAGAGUGCAAUGCAGCAUCUUGAUACGAAUUUUGAUCCAGAUUUUGACUCGUGUGAUUGGUUUUGGCGGUUGGAUAUUAUUGUCAGGCUUAUCUAUCUGUUUAACUCACAGGUCUUAUUAUACACUUAUGCUUUCAUUUCAAAAGUUGCCACCAGAUUGGUUCAUAACAGUUACUAUAGUAGGUUGGGCUCCCAGGAAGUACAUGACAUAUUGUGAUCCUAGUGAAAUUUUUGACAGUGUAUGGGCUUCUCUUCAUCUUUAUGUAGCAGCUACUGCCUACUACUAGGUCAUAGCUCAAGGGGAUGCAAAUUGUAUUCUGUCAUUUUGGGUUCUAGGGCCUAACUUCUAUUGUUUUUUAUUAUUUUCCUAUACAUGAUGAUUAUUAUUCUAUUGAUCAAUGUAUAUGGAGGCAUAUUCUUCUAUUUUGCUUUCUAUUAAUAUAUGGGUUAUGGAAUAGUCAUCGUAUUCAUAUCUAAUCGUAUCAUACACUAUAAUAAAAGAGUUUAU